AUGAAACUAUCGACUGAAAGUCGCGGAUUUAGAAUAACGCCGGAAAAAGCGGUGAAAUUUAUAAAAGUUAGUGUUUAUCUGACCUGCAUGUGGCCCCCGCAGGGAGACGAGUCCAAAAUUUCCUUCAAAUUCCGAAAGUACCUAUCCGUUUUUUUAUCCUUUGGAUUAUUCUUCCCGCUUCUAUUUUCGAUUGUUAUUUAUUUCAACGAUAUGUUAAUUAUUUUAAAAUCCGCGAUUUGUAUGACAGCUCUUGUUAAUUAUAUUUCCAAGGUCAUAAUUGUCACGAGGUAUCAUCGAGAAUUUGAGAAAUUUAGAUCUGUGUUGAAUGAAUUCAUACUGAAAGCAAGUGACUCCAGUAAAGUAGUUUUUCAAAAGUACGUCGACAAGUUUUGGAAAUUUCAAUUUUUUAUGGUGUUCUGUUACUACUUUGGAGCUACGGGAAUUAUUAUGGGGCCGUUGGUGCUGCCGCAGAAAUUCCCCACGGACGCAGUGUAUCCUUUUUCUGUGGAAAAUCCUGUAGUUGCUGGAAUUAUUUAUGCUCAUCAGGGCUUUGCAGCGUAUCUCGGCGCUGCUGGAAUGGUUCUGGACGGACAAGCAGCGUUGUUUUUGUGGUACCUCAACGCCAAAUUUGAUAUUCUCGUGUCUGAAAUUAAUCGAGUGGCUAAAAGAGAGGAUUUGUGUUGGUACAUUAGACAACAUCAAGAGAUACUCGCAUUUGCCGACGAAUUAAUCCCGCCAAUUCGCGCCCUAGCGUUUACAACAAUAUCAGUGACAAAAAUUUUAAUGAUUUCUAGUGGGUUUUUUCUAAUUUCGGACGAGUCUCUUCUAGUUAAGCUUCAGUUCGUCAUGGUAGCAAUAUCCUCAACAUUCAACACAUUUUUAUACUCCUGGGCUGCAGAUGAUCUGAUAAAUCUUUCGGGAGCGGCCAUGUCCAGUGAAAUUUUCAAUGUGUUUUACCGUCACUCCCUGAAAACGAAAAAAAUAUGUCUUUUUAUAAUUCACAGAGCCCAGAAGCCAAUUGUGAUAAACAUUCCAGGUCUUCUCGCUACUCUUUCAAGCGAAUACUAUGCAUCUUUUUUAUCAGCAGCGUUUUCAUGCUUUGCAACAAUUCACGCUGUUGUAAACUCCUAA